CCCGAGCGUUGUCGUGGCGAGCUAGGCCGACUUCACCAUGCCCUCCUCUUCCGGCACCGAUAUCAUUGACCACUCGCCCCAUCAUCCAGACCCUGCGCCGCCAAUCCCUUCAGCCUCCAACCUCAUCCUUAUUGACAACUACGACUCGUUCACGUGGAAUGUCUACCAGUACCUCAUCCUCGAGGGCGCGACCGUCACUGUCUACAGAAACGACAAGAUGACGCUCGAGGAGCUUAUCGGCAAAAACCCCACCCAGCUAAUCAUCAGCCCUGGUCCUGGUCACCCCGCCACCGACUCGGGCGUCAGCCGUGAUGCAAUCCGGCACUUUGCUGGCAAGAUCCCCGUCUUCGGUGUCUGCAUGGGCCAGCAGUGCAUCUUUGAUGUUUACGGAGGAGAGGUUGGGUCUGCUGGCGAGUGGCUGCACGGAAAGACGUCCCCUCUGACCCAUGAUGGCAAGGGUGUCUACGCCGGUCUCGGCCAAGGUCUCCCCGUCACCCGAUAUCAUUCCCUCGCUGGCACCCACGUCACCCUCCCAAGCUGUCUGGAAGUGACAUCCUGGGUGUCCAAGCCUGACGGCUCACCUGGCGUCAUUCAGGGAGUGAGGCAUCGAGAAUACACCAUCGAGGGAGUUCAGUUUCAUCCGGAGAGUAUUCUCACAGCCGAGGGACGGACUAUGCUGAAAAACUUUCUGCAUAUGCAGGGUGGCACAUGGGAGGAAAAUGCUCGCCUUCAGAAGCUGUCUGGGACCAACGGUGCUCCUGGCUCGGCCCCGGCCCCUGCGCCUCCCCCUUCCGGCAAGAAAAACAAUAUUCUGCAGCAGAUAUACGCCCGUCGAAGGGAGGCUGUCGCUGCCCAGAAACAGGUUCCUUCACAAAGGUUUGCCGACCUGCAAGCCACUUACGACUUGAACGGUGCACCACCCCAAGUCCCCUUGGUCGAGCGUCUGCGUCAGACCCCGUUCGAUGUUGCGCUCAUGGCCGAGAUAAAGCGUGCCUCCCCAUCAAAGGGCAUCUUCGACCUCAGCAUCAGUGCACCGACCCAGGCCCUGAAGUAUGCCUUGGCUGGGGCCAGCGUCAUUUCGGUCCUCACCGAGCCCGAUUGGUUCAAGGGCAGCAUUGAGGAUCUCAGGGCUGUCAGGCAAGUGUUGAACGGCAUGCCCAACAGGCCAGCCAUCCUCAGGAAAGAGUUCAUUUUCGAAGAGUAUCAGAUUCUGGAGGCCAGACUAGCCGGUGCUGACACGGUAUUGCUCAUUGUGAAGAUGCUCAGCGCCGAAGAGCUGGAGAGGCUGUACAAGUACUCCUUGUCGCUCAGUAUGGAGCCGCUUGUUGAAGUGCAGAAUGCGGAGGAGAUGACAGCAGCCCUCGAGCUGGGGUCCAAGGUCAUCGGCGUAAACAACCGGAACCUCGAGAGCUUCGAGGUCGACAUGAACACGACGAGCCGGCUACGAAGCAUGGUGCCGGAGAACACCAUCAUUUGCGCCCUGAGUGGCAUUAACACCUAUCAGGAUGUCACGCUGUGCAAAAACGACGGUGUGAACGCCGUCCUUGUGGGCGAGGCCAUCAUGAGGGCACCAGAUGCCAGCAAGUUCAUUCGGCAGCUGUGUUCUGGAUCAGAUGCUGGACCCGAUCGAGAAAAGCCGCAGCCGCUCCUCACGAAGAUUUGCGGCACCAGGUCCGCCGAGGCCGCGCUGGAGGCUGCAAAGGCGGGCGCCGAUUUUGUAGGCGUCUGCUUGGUUCCCGGGGCGAAACGAUGUAUCUCCGACGAGACUGCCAUGGCCAUAUCAGAGGCCAUCCAUUCUUACACAUCGUCAAAUUCGGGGGCUGAAGAUGCAGUAGAUAUUAUCCCCGCGACGGGCGCUGUCGAUUACUUCGCUGGUGCACUCAGGAGACUACCCAGGCGGCGGCCUUUGCUUGCCGGCAUCUUCCAGAACCAACCGUUAGACGAGGUCUUGGAGAAACAGAAGCGCUUCAAUCUGGACAUGGUUCAGCUCCAUGGGGAUGAGCCGGUGGAGUGGGCAAGUCAGAUCCCUGUCCCCGUCAUUCGCUGCUUCAAACCUGGCCAGGUAGGAGUCGGCCUACGUGGCUACCAUACUCUGCCCCUAUUGGAUUCCGGCGCCGGAUCUGGGAAGCUGCUAGAUGUGUCGAGCGUCAAGGAGACGCUGGCCAAGGACCCUGAACUUCGGGUUAUCCUGGCCGGUGGGCUGAACCCCGAUAACGUAGUGGAAGCUGUUCGCGCAGUGUGUGAGUUUGGGGGGAGGGUUGUCGGCGUGGAUGUCAGCAGCGGUGUUGAGGAAGAUGGGAAACAGAGUCUGGAGAAAAUCAGGGCAUUUGUCGAGGCAGCGAAGAGCUACCGGUAGGGUUAGAGAAUUUACGGGUAGUUUCAAAUGGUUGUACU